CACGCCGGGGGAUGCGCUUCCCCGCCCCGAGCUGCGGAGCCCGCCGCUCCCAGAAAUGCGUGCACCCCAUCCCGUUCUUCCAGACCCCGGGAGCGGGCGCCUGGGUCCUGUAGGGCUAUGACUCAUUGAUUCGAAAGGAUUUUUUCCAAAUAUUUUGCACUUUUGAUUGUGCAUUAUGGAUACCAAGGAAGAGAAGAAGGAACGAAAACAAAGUUAUUUUGCUCGACUGAAAAAGAAAAAACAAGCCAAGCAAAAUGCGGAGAUGGCCUCAGCAUUAGCUACAAGGACUCAUACAGGAAAUGAAGAUGCUAACACAGCCAUUAUAGAACAAGACAAAUGCAACAUUGCUGUGGAAGAGGAAUGUGCUACUGAUGAGAAAAAGAAGAAGAAAAACAAUCAGCUAAAAGAGAUCAGGCGAACAGAACUAAAAAGAUAUUAUGGCACUGAUAACAAUCAAAACAAAAUGCAGGAUAAGAAAGAGAAGAAGAUGGUGGUUCAGAAACCCCAUGGUACUAUGGAAUAUACUGCUGGAAGCCAAGAUACUCUCAACUCUAUAGCACUGAAGUUUAACAUCACUCCAAAUAAAUUAGUGGAAUUGAAUAAACUUUUCACACAUACUAUUGUUCCAGGCCAGGUUCUUUUUGUGCCAGACGCCAACUUCCCUUCCAGUACCAAAAGGUUAUCAUCAUCUAGUCCUGGUGCUACUAUCUCUCCUUCAUCAUCAGAUGCAGAAUAUGAUAAAUUGCCUGAUGCUGACUUAGCAAGAAAAGCCUUAAAACCCAUUGAAAGAGUGCUAUCAUCUACUUCUGAAGAAGAUGAGCCAGGCGUGGUAAAAUUUUUAAAAAUGAAUUGUCGUUACUUCACUGAUGGAAAGGGUGUAGUUGGAGGGGUUAUGAUUGUCACUCCUAACAACAUCAUGUUUGACCCUCACAAGUCUGAUCCAUUGGUCAUUGAGAAUGGAUGUGAAGAGUAUGGCCUCAUCUGCCCCAUGGAGGAAGUGGUUUCCAUCGCCCUGUACAAUGACAUUUCCCACAUGAAGAUCAAAGAUGCUCUUCCAUCGCCUGGAGAAUGGGAAGACCUAUCUUCAGAAAAGGAUAUCAACCCAUUCAGUAAGUUCAAAUCUCUCAAUAAGGAAAAACGACAGCAGAAUGGAGACACGAUCAUCACUUCAGACUCCAAAUCAGCCCCAGCUUUGGAGAAGUCCACAGAAUGCACACAUAUAAAGCCCUCUGACAGCUGCUCAGGAAAACUAAAAAAACUGGAAUCCUCUAUAGAGACAACCACAGUUACUAAGGGCAGCAAGGAAUCUUCUGACACAUGUGCUGCAUUUGAAUCUAUAGCCAAAGAAAAUUCUCUUUUAGAAGAUGAAGACUUUGUAGACUUGGAAGAACUUGCUUCUCAAGCUGAUAGCAGAAUGAACCAAAAAGAUGCUUUAAAAGAGUGCCUUGCUCUGGAUGCACAGGAGCUCAGAAAGGCUAAAUCACACAUACUCAGUUCUACCACGGAAAUGCAGGUGCAGUCAUCCCUAAACUCAAGACCAGAGAGUGAUGCUGAACUAAAGGGAGCCCUUGAUUUAGAAGCCUGUGAGAAGCAAGAUACAGUGCCAGAGAGGGACAAACAGUCUGGCUCUCCAGAAAGCCAGGUAGAAAACACACUGAAUAUACAUGACGAUCUAGAUAAACCUAAACUCAUUGAAUAUUACCUUAAUAAGAACAAAGAAAGUUCACGGUUAUCUGAUAACCUAGAGAAAACGAAGUUAAGUGAUGACAAAAGGCUUGAGUCAAUGGGAAUAGACAUCACUCUUAGUCAUUCUUUUUCCCAGGCAGGUGAUCUCACAACUGAGGGCAAUAAAGAGCUAAGUAAAAGCUGGGGGAAAGAAAGCAAACCCCUUCCACUACAAUUGGAUGCUUCUUUAGCAGAAAAUAAGAAUAAAGAGUCUCUAGAAUAUUCUUUGGACUCUGCUCUGGACAAUAAUAACCAAGACCUGGAAAUGGAUAAUAAAUCAGAAAUUCAGUUAUGGUUACUAAAGAGAAUUCAGGUACCUAUUGAAGAUAUACUUCCUUCCAAAGAAGAGAAAAGCAAGACUCCACCCAUGUUUCUGUGCAUUAAAGUGGGAAAACCCAUGAGGAAAUCCUUUGCUACCCACUCUGCAGCCAUGGUCCAACAGACCAUGAAACGAAGAAAGCAGCCAGAGUACUGGUUUGCUGUUCCAAGAGAGAGGGUGGAUCACUUGUACACAUUCUUUGUUCAGUGGUCUCCUGAUGUCUAUGGGAAAGAUGCAAAAGAGCAAGGCUUUGUGGUGGUAGAAAAGGAAGAACUGAAUAUGAUUGACAACUUCUUCAGUGAGCCAACCACCAAGAGCUGGGAGAUCAUUACCGUCGAGGAGGCAAAGCGCAGGAAGAGCACUUGUAGCUACUAUGAAGAUGAGGAUGAGACGGCUCUGCCCGUCCUGCAGCCGCACAGCGCGCUCCUGGAGAACAUGCACAUCGAACAGUUGGCCCGGCGCCUUCCAGCAAGGGUUCAAGGAUAUCCAUGGCGACUUGCUUAUAGCACAUUAGAACAUGGAACCAGCUUGAAAACUCUCUAUCGAAAAUCAAAAUCCCUCGACAGUCCUGUCCUAUUGGUGAUCAAAGAUAUGGAUAAUCAGAUUUUUGGAGCAUAUGCAACUCAUCCUUUCAAGUUCAGUGACCACUAUUAUGGGACAGGAGAAACUUUUCUUUAUACAUUUAGCCCCAACUUCAAGGUGUUUAAGUGGAGUGGAGAAAACUCAUACUUUAUCAAUGGAGACAUAACUUCUUUAGAACUUGGUGGUGGAGGGGGACGCUUUGGCUUAUGGCUAGAUGCUGACUUAUACCAUGGACGAAGCAAUUCUUGCAGCACUUUCAAUAAUGAUAUUCUUUCCAAAAAGGAAGACUUCAUAGUUCAAGACCUCGAGGUGUGGACAUUUGAUUGAAAUUCAGACUGCCUUAAAUAUAACAUGAAAGUGACUGGAUUAGAUUAGCUCUCCAAAAGCUGGCCGGAAGAUGAUAACUCAGACCAGACUGCCUCAUCUCACCAUAAAGCUUUCUUCCUGCCCUCAUAUCUUGGAGCAUGACCAUAUUGCAGACAGAGAAUCUAAAGGGUAAAUGUGGAGAGAAGAUACUGAAGGAAGACAUUUGAGUCCAGAUUAUUAAAAGACUUUAUUCUCUACUUAUUCAAAUUCAUCCAGUGAGGAGUCAGAGCAUUUACAGAUGUAUGAGUUGAAUGCAGUUUUUAUUUUUGGUAACUGUGAAAAAAAGAUACUGUGGAAAUAUAAACAUGCCUUGUGUAUUUAUCACCAUAAUUUUCAUUACCAAAAUGUACAGCAUACUAUUGUUCUGUUGUUUGCCAUGGUAAAGGUUAGUCUCAUUUAGAAAAGUUGAAGGUGCACAGUGCUUAAAGUGAAUAUAUGAUUAAAAAAAAAACUAUUUAUUGUUUCUAGUAUAUUGUCUGAAAUGUGUUCACAGUUUUUUUCUUUUAAUGUAUCAAAUUUUGAAAUAAAGAAAUGUAUACAGUUUGUUCUAUGUUUUGGCAAAAAAAUCAUUUGGUUUAUAUGGUUUUAUACUGACUUUUUUUCUUUGCCCUGAUUAUUUAGGGUGACAGAUCUUAAACAACAUAUAUUUUCAUUUUUAAAGUACUUUCAUUAUAAUGUUCUUCGAUUUGACUGUUGUAGGCCAGCUUGAAAGUUAUUUUUUAUUUUUUUCAGCUACCUUGAACCAAAUCAUUUAAAGAAGAAUAAGCAAUUUCUGCCUAUUAUAAAUUGGUAUUUACAGAAAUUAAUGUAUCAGUUUAUCUUAGAGCAAACCCUGUUUUUGAAAAGAAAGUGUUUUGCUUAUUUUAAAAUUAUGUAUUAAUAAAAAUAAUGUUCUUUCAUAGUAUUUCUUGCAUAAUAUCCCCAAGUUGUUACAUGAACAAAAUAGUCUCUGUUUUAAGAGGAACUGCGUGUUUUCACUUCUGUGUAUCUUAUUUUACCUUUUAUGGUUUUUUGGGACCACAAACAGUUGGCCAUGUUUAAGGCAAGUGCCCUACCCACUUUACUCUGGCCCUAGUUCCAGUAUUUUGUAUUUAAAAAAUUGUCAAAUUAACCCAUUGCUUUGGUCUCUACACUCUUCUGUGUAAGAAAAAAAAAAUCAUUGUUAAAAAAAGUAUCAUUGAACCAUAGGAAUAAUAAACAAUACCAGUUCCUUAAUAAUGGACCUUUUUCACAUUAGAAACACUCUUAAUAAUAAUAAAGCCUUCUUUGAAAUCUAACCUAUAUUACUGAUUACUAGACUUUUUGAAAGCCAAAGACUACUAAUGAAAAAUAUGUCUGUAAUUGCCAAAGCUGAGAAGUAGUCUCUCAUAAAUUACAUUGUCAGUGAUCUUUAAUAGGAAAGAUUAAUAACAAUAUUUAUAUGUCUGUUUUUAAAAUGAUUCUUAGAGUGAUAGUGUUAAGCUGGUAGAAUACUUUAGUUUAUUUUCAUAUUUGAGAUUAUUUAUAAAAGAGAACAAACCAAUUUCCAAGUGGCCUCCUGUCAGAUCAGCAGUUCUUUACUACACUCACAUUCCAUGCAAAUUUCAAUGAAUGCUAUAAAAUUGUGAAUCAGUAGCUUGGGUGUGGUUUCACCCAAAAUCUCCAAUGAGAGCUAUUGAUUAACAAUGUAUGGUGGUUUCACCUUAAAAUCUGCUUGUUAAUUAAUGUGUUGGUGUGAGAUAUCUGGAAUGUCUCAUGAUGAUCAUGUUUACUAUUUGUACUACUUACAACCAUAGGAUUAUAAUAAAAAAUAAAAGAUCAUUUGCAUAUAACUCACUCUUACUAGGUUAGCUCAUAAUAUUAUACUUAGGAGAGCAUACCCCAAUGCUGUGUUCUCUAUUUAAAACAGUAUUGUCCAAUCAGAAAUGUAUGGAUAUCUUUCACUUAUGGAUCCUGAGUAUGUAAUGCAGUGCUAUACCAAUAUUUCCAAUAAAGGAAUUUAUGCAUUCUGA